AAACUUUCUUUUAUGUAGGAACACGGCGGCGCGGCGUGUCAAGUGCGACAGUGGCAGGUCGAGAGAGAGGCGUGCGGCGUGCGGCAAGCGGCGCGGCCCGGUUGCGACCGGUCGACCCCACCGCGCAUGCGCAGCGGCGGCCGCGCACGCUCCGUCACCGCUCAACAACGACCAAGACGUCGCGACGCUCGCUCGCUUCCACAACCGCGGCCGCGCACUCCAACUGAUUGGGACCAUUCACUAUUAACGGAGCUCGAACAACUCCGGCGAUGUUAUAAGUGCAUUCAUUGACUAAGUGACCGUUGAACGUGAACCGAACGUGUUUUGCUUGUGACAUCUGAUUUUAAUUUGUUUAUUGCAAUUUGAGCUCACAGCCAUUCAGGUGGGGUGUGUGACGCGGAAUGGAGAAAAGUACAGAUGUAGAGGAGUUCAUCACUAUAGUGCCAGUAGGGGAGAGUAAACCUGCGGAGUGUGAUCCUGGAUUUGUAACCGUUCUCACAGUUGGUGACGUAACUGGAGCCGCAGAAGUAAUAGUUCAUAGACCAAAAGGAGCUCGGCUUGGGCUUGGCCUAAAAUUUGAAGGUGGUUCUGCUGCAUCAGAAAACGUUCGGCGACUUCUUGUUCAGUCAUGUGCGGAAGAUAGUCCUGCAGCUAAAGCAUGCGCUCCAUGGGGUAAACUAAUACCAGGAGAUGAAAUAUUAGCUAUUGAUGGAAUGCCAGUUUUUAACUUGACUAGAAUAGAUUGUGUGCGCAGGCUAAAAGAAUCCGAUGAAAAACUUAAACUAUUAAUAAGACAUUUUGAUUCUGACCAAAAAAUGAGCUCGCAAUCAUCAAGUGAAAAGGAAGUACCCCAUACUAAUGGUUGCCUUGAUGAUAUACCUAGACCAACAACAUUACCUCCACCUGUUCCUCCUCGCAAACUAGGCAAGAAAAAUUCGUUCAAGGAUAAAUCAAAUCUCCAGAUUGCUGGUGAACCAAGUAUUGAUAAGCAUGUUGAAAACUCAGCAAAUAACCAUCAACAAAUGACUAACUCCAGACCUACUAAUCUAUCAAGGAAAUCAUCUUUUGACAGUCAUUUAUUUAGACAAAGCAAGGAAGGCCUCACUUGCUUAAAGAAAGGUUCACCAGAAGAAGUUAGGCGAUUGGUACGAAGACUAUCAGAUGGUAAAACAAUUCCACCCGAAGCAGAAGUGUACCUAGAUCUUUUGUCCAAUGAGUGGGAACGUUGUCUUGCUUUAGCGGAUGGCGAGUCUGAUGAUACGGGCAGCUCGAUUUCCACAGUAAUAGAUAGAUUAGGUUCAAUGGCAAAUUCUGUAGAAAAUAGUAUACCAUCAACUCCGAUUAUGCAGCAAAAGUCUAUCGAUCUUAAGAAAGUUUUAAAUAGUAUUGAAAAUAUUGACAAUAGCAUAUUUAGAGAUACAAUUGGGAACAAGAAAAUUAUAGAACAGAUGUAUAUGUAUGAAGCAUGUAAAAAAUUGGAAAACUCAGAAUCGAAAAACAUAGUUGCCUCCGAAAACAUUAACUCUAUAGAAGAAUCGCGGAAGAUACAGAAUUUUCAAAAAAGUGAAGAUAAUAAUAAUAAUAGUAUCAAAGAAAAUGAUUUAAAGCUGGAGCCAAAACAAGAGAAUGAAAUUAAAUGCGUAGAAAACGGUGAUACUGAAGUUUUAUUAGUGAAGCCAAAGCCAAUGCCAAGAAAUACAAAAGUUGAAAGAUCUAUGAGUGAUAGAAGACGGAGACCACUUCCAAUUCCUGAGGCAUCGCUUCCCUCCACACCAGAUCAACUUCUAACACCGACAAAAAAGAAUUGCAUUGAAACUUGGUUACAAAGGUCUGAAGCAGAAAUGAAUAAUAAAAUAGUUGAAAAGUUUGAAGAGGUUGCUGUACCAGAAAUAUUGCCACGCUUAAUCGAUUUCGUGCCAAAAACUCAAUUCACUGAAGUUACUAAUGAAACUAAGUCAUGUCCUCGACCCACUUCUGCUCCGCCCCCUCCCCCUGUCGAAACAAGAGAAGAUGGAUCCGGUGCAUCUCUUGACACAAUAGGAGAGCUAGAUGAAUCCUGCGACGUCACUGAUAAUACGAAACCGUGCAACGAGAACGAUACGAAGGAGCGAAAGUCUUCUGACAAGGCCUACUGGAAUGAGCGCAUCAGCAGAAGCGAUAUUGAAGAAAAAAGUCUUUCUAAUGAUGAGACUCCUGUACCAACAUGUCCACGGCAACCACCUGACGGCGUUGAAACCCCAUCUGAAACAAUUGAGAAAGUUCCCGAAUUACCGAAAAGACUACCUCCAAGAGUACCAGGUAGCUGGCUUAGUACUCGUCCCCGACCAUCUUAUAAGUCAAGAUCUCAAGAUGCAAGGAGUGAAGCUAGUGUUAAAGAUAAAAUUGCAAUGUUUUCGAUAGAUCUCGUAGGAUCUACAGACCGUAUUGAUAAGUGUGGUAGUGUCCCUAUGCGGUCAAAUUCUACAAUCCGCAAAAGUGUCACCCCAUGUGUUAAAAAUUACUCAGAUAUAACUUCACUUGAUAGACGUUUAACAAAAUCGCAAGACAAUCUUGAUGAGACUCCUCGGUCCUAUAAUAGACUUUCAAAAAGACCAGAGGCAGUUGGAGGAAUAGAACAUAGUCCAGUUGAAGUGAAAAGUAUUACAACAAAGUCAAAACUACAAAAUGUUCCUCAAAAACCAUUAUUUUAUGGAAGCACUACAGCGUUAGCUACCGAGACGUCGUAUGCACGACCGAUCUUUCACUCAAGAAGUAUUAGCGAUGAUAAUAGUACAAAAAAUGUGGAGUCACAUAAGUCAAAUUUAGAGUACUUAAUUGAGCAGAGAAAGAAAUCUAUGUCAAAAUUAAGAGGUCUAGCCAUUCCUGAGGUCCAGGCACCGAUUGUAGAUUUACCUGAAAUAAAAGUUAAAGAUAGUAUUUCUAAGUCAUUUUUACAAAAACUGCCUUACCCAGAGAUUAAAAGGGAAAGUAAAGUUAACUCAAAACCAAUAUCAUUUAAUGAAAAUAAAUGGAAUACAAACUUCUUACCGAAUAACAUUCCAAAAUAUUCACCUGCAUUUAAGAGAAAGUCUUUACAAGUUUACACGCCCUCAUGCUUAUCAAAGGAAUCUACACCUGAACGCAAGUUUGCUGAAAAAGUUGAAGCAAUAAGCAAAAUGAAAAGUAAUAUCAGCUUGCAAAAACCUUUAAAAACCACUCCCGACUUGUCUAGGGCGUCAUACCUUAAUUCAUCACCCAUUUAUAAGCAAAACAACAAAAGUAAGCUUAACAAUAUUCAAGAUUAUAAAAACUUUGAGAUUAAAAUAUGCACAGCCACUGAAGUAGUCGAUAGUGAUAAUGACUCUGCUAUGAGCUCUACUCAGUCUAGUUACCGGUCAUCCGCAUCUUCACCAAUGCAUACGCAUGAUAAUCUGGAGUCCGAUAGUUCACGUCUAUCUCCAAGAGUGUCACAUUAUUCGACUUACUUACAUUCAAAGUCAGAAUACUUAGCAAAGCCAGUGAACAUUUGCAGUAAUGGUGAUGAAUGUGUAAAACGCAAAAUAUGUCGAUCAAUGUCUUCUGAUACAAAUAUAUCUCUCAGUUCAUCUGCAGGUUCAGCAGCAACAUCGGGCUCCCAAGCAAGUUGUAGUUCAUUAGAAAGUUCUGUUGCUGACUCAGAAAAGAGAAAAGUUUCAAAAACUUACAAUGUUGAUACACUUAAUAGGCGAAACAUACUUGCUUCAGCUAAGUGUAGGAGUGGAAGAGAUACCAAUCUGAAGUCUCCAGUUAUUGAAGCUAAAUUCUCACAUGAGUCUCGCAGCAGAACCCCGAGUCCACCUAAUAUAUUGUCUGAACGCCUUUCGACACUCCCGACUUCAGGGAGUGCGAUAGCGAAUAAAGGCGAAAACAGACGACGCAGUAAAGUGCUCAUUGAAAGUGACUCAGAUUCUGAUAAUGACGUCAACAUACGACAGCGUAAACCUGAUUUUAAAAACUCCAGAUUGAAACGUAAUUCAAGUUACAAAGGCAGACAAAAUGGUACAUCUAACGAAAAUGAAAGGCACGAUGAAGUUCCACAGGCAAUUAAAGACAAAAUACUGAAAGAAAUAAACAAGGCUGGUUUAGAUGACUUUGAUGGUUCUAUCAAUAAAGUAGCCGUUAAGAGUAGCAAAAGUGCUGCCGAAUCUAACAAUGUCCCAAAAAAUGGUGAAAAGGUAGAAGUUAUCAUUGAAAGUAUAAAUAAUGUAAAAUGUACAAAUGUAAAAGUAAACUCUAUAAACGGUGUUGUCAAUGGCUUGAAGCCAACGCAGCUUUCAAAACCAAGCUUCUGCAGCAGCAAAUCCAAUGAUCUUAAUAUAUCUACAAAAUGUUUCCGCCUUAUGAAAAGCAAUGGUUCUGGCAUAGGCCUUAUUUUAGCUGGUGGAAUUGAUUGUGAAGCUAAAGACGUAACGGUUCAUCGAGUUUUGUCUGAUAGUGUUGCAGCUAAAGCAGGGAUAAAAAAAGGAACGAAAGUACGAAGCAUUAAUGGCAAUACCAUGGCAGGUCUUACACAUGCACAAUCUGUUUCAAUUUUGAAGGAACAACGCCCUGAAAUUUUAAUCGAAAUAGAAGAUGAACCAAGAGGCUUUAAAGACAGUUGUUCGGAUAAUGAGCCAACAAGUCUAGAAUCUAGUGAUCUCAAUAGUUGCGACAGGAAUGCAACCGGAUCUAUUGUGACCGUGUCGCUGGAGAAGGCUGGCGGCGGCGCUGGUCUAGGAUUUGGCCUCGAUGGAGGGCGAGAUUCUCCAAAUGGCGAUCGACCGCUAACUAUCAAGAAAUUGUUUGCAGGUGGCGCUGCUGCUCGAAGCGGGCAAGUGAUGGUGGGAGCGGAACUAUUAUCUGCCGGGGGGCAAUCUUUUGAAGGAUUCACUCGUACCCAAGCGUGGGCAGCUCUCAAAGCAUUGCCGAAUGGACAAGUAGUAUUAGUACUGAAGAAUCCGAUGGAAGUGGUCUCGUGAAUGUGCUUAGGAACUUAUUUAUUAAGGAAUUUAUUAUUUAUUUUGAUAGAUAUUUUAUAGAUUUUAAACUCAGUGAAAUCAGGCGACAUGAAAUUUGCAAGAUAAUAUUUUAAUACGACUGUUUUAUGAAAGUAUCAAUAUUUAAAAGUGAUAUAAUCAGUAAUUUUAGCUUAUUAAUACGUUAAUACAAUUUCUUCGCUCAUUUAUAAGGCAGUCAAUUUAAUAUUGGUGAUACCGAAAUAUUUAUUGCAUUAUUUUUACUUUACAUUAAAUAGCUGGUCUUCAUAAGGUAUUCUUUAAAUUUGAGGUCGGUUCACAGUCCUUAGAUAAUUGUAAAGAAAAUAAUGCUUACAGGUUUUUUAUUUUGUGCUACUCGUAUUAGGUUCUUUGCUACUUGCUACUGCUUGUGUCAUUCUACUCACGACAGCUAAUGAGAGCUCGUAAUAUGACCAUAGAAGACAAUAAUAGAUUUCGGGAUAUUGAGGAAUGGUAAAUAUAUUAAGUUUACUAGUUAUAAUUAUAUCGUUAUAGACUUAGCACUUCUACUAAUAAUAACAACUGCAGUGGUUGGUGUUGUAAAUAGCAUAACUCGACAUAAUAAACAACGAAGACUGUCCGAAGCUUGGUGGAAAUAUGUAUCUAGCUAAUUUAUAUUUGAAAAUACUAGUCUCGGUAACGAAAUGAAGUAAUUUAUAAGAAAUUGAUUUAGAAUACUAAAAUUUGUGUAUCAUGGGUGCCAUUAUUAUAAUGAUAGAAGUAAAACGAAACUUUGUGCAAAAUUAUAAAGUUGUGGUAAAUUUAAAGAUACUGACUCCAAUGUCGCUGUUAUUAUGUUGAUAGAUAAAUAAGUUAUUUAAGAAUGAAACAUUUGUGUUAUCUAAACAGCGCUACUAAUGUUAAAUAAUGUAACAUAACUUCGGAACAAGACGAAACUGAUAUUCAUUUUUAUGUUAAAACUAUAAUAUUAUGGUUUCUCGAGUUGGUUUAUGAUCUUCAAGGAUUUGUUAUCUUUAUGCUUUUUUUUAACUAGAUGCAAUUUGAACUUGCCUACAAGGUGCAUUUUCGAUAAAGCCUAUCUUACCAUUAAUAUUAAUUUCUGUAAAUAGUUGAACGUUAAUGUUUUCUGUACAUUUUCUCACACUAAAAGUGUACUCGUAAAAUUUAUAACCUAUGUUAUUUUAUUAAAUAUUUUUAAAAAUUA